ACAACCGACUCUUUCCUGGUCCGAGACGCUAUUGUCAACUGUCUUUGUCUGUCCCCAGUCCUGUCGUCUGUCUUUUCACUCUCACUGUCAAUAGUGUCAAUUGUCUAAUUUCUUUUCUAGAUUAUUUUGAUUGAAGUCCUUUUGUAGGUGUCCAUCAACAUGGGAGCCUACAAAUACAUUCAGGAACUAUAUCGCAAGAAACAGAGCGACGUACUUAGAUUCUUGCUUAGAAUUAGGGUAUGGCAAUAUAGGCAGUUGACCAAACUUCACAGGGCUCCCAGGUCCACUCGUCCUGAUAAAGCCCGUCGGUUGGGCUACAGGGCUAAACAAGGUUUUGUAAUCUUCCGAAUUCGUGUUCGCCGUGGAGGUCGUAAACGUCCUGUUCCAAAAGGUACCACAUAUGGUAAGCCAAAGAACCAUGGUGUGAACGAGCUCAAACCAGUAAGGAAUUUGCAAGCCAUUGCUGAGGAACGUGUAGGCAGAAGGUGUGGAGGUUUGAGAGUUCUCAACUCAUAUUGGGUAGCCCAGGACUCUUCCUACAAAUACUUUGAAGUUAUUUUAGUUGACCCAGCACACAAUGCCAUCCGUCGCGACCCGAAAAUCAACUGGAUAGUGAACGCCGUCCACAAGCACCGCGAACUCAGAGGCAAGACCUCGCUGGGCAAGUCUUCUCGAGGCUUGGGCAAGGGCCACAGGUACUCGCAGACGAAGGGCGGAUCGAGAAGGGCCGCCUGGCUGAGAAGGAACUCGCUGCAAUUGCGCAGGAAGCGAUAGAAUUUGUAUUUUUGGUAAAGAUUAAAACCUGUGAGGAGAGUUUUUGUCGUUUCAAUUGUCCUGCUACCUGUUUUGGAUCGGAAAUUACAACAUUACAUUUGAAACUUUCAGUUAUGUUACUGAAAGUUUCA